AUGCCGCUCCUGAAGGCGCCCCAUCUGCCGCCUGGGGCCCCGCUUCCCUGGAUCCUCCCAAGCCUGUUUGCCGCCUUCAACGUUGCGCUGCUGCUCAUUUUCAGUGGCCUCUUCUUCGCCUUCCCGUGCAGGUGGCUGGCCCAGAACGGGGAGUGGGCCUUUCCCCUCGUCUCGGGCCUCCUCUGCGUCCUCACGGUCUUCAGUCUGGUUUCACUCAAUUUCUCAGACCCCGGCAUCCUGCACCAAGGCUCCAAUGAACAGGGCCCUACGAUGGUGCACGUGGUGUGGGUGAACCACAGAGCCUUCCGCCUGCAAUGGUGCCAGAAGUGCCGCUUCCACUGCCCGCCCCGGACCUACCACUGUCCCUGGUGCAACAUCUGUGUGGAAGACUUUGACCACCACUGCAAGUGGGUUAAUAACUGCAUUGGUCACCGCAACUUCCGCUUCUUCCUGCUGCUGGUCCUGUCCUUAUGCCUCUACUCGGGUGCCAUGCUGGUGACCUGCCUCAUCUUCCUGGGGCGCACGACCCACCUGCCUUUCUCCCUGGACAAAGCCAUGGCCCUCGUGGUGGCGGUGCCGGCCACCGGCUUCCUGGUGCCGCUGUCCCUGCUGCUGCUGAUCCAGGCGGCGUCGGUGAGCGCGGCCGAGCGCUCCUAUGAGGGCAAGGGCCAAUACCUGCAGGGAUACAACCCCUUCGAUCGCGGCUGUGCCAACAACUGGUAUUUAACGAUUUGUGCACCACUGGGACCCAAGUACAUGGCCGAAGCUGUCUGGCUGCAGAGGAUGGUGGGGUCUGACUGGGUGCCCAAGCAGAACCUGCACGGGCCACUGUGCUCCUCGGCGCUCCCUCCCCCAGCCCUCCCAGGGCCCGGGCCUGGCCCCCAGGCCCAACCUCCGGGUCUCUGCAAGCCUGGGACGGGUCCCCCAGGGAGUGGUGAGGCUGCAGCCCUCCAGGAGACACACACAGAGAGAGAGGCAGAGACACAGGAGGAGGGAGAAGCAGGCCCCACGCAGGGAGCCCGACGCGGGACUUGAUCCAGGGACUCCAGGAUCGCGCCCUAGGCCAAAGGCAGGUGCCAAACCGCUGAGCCACCCAGGGAUACCCAACUGACCUGUUUUUAAAGAGUUAAAGCUCCA